AUGGCAUGGUCCAAGAAAUUGAAUCAGAGCUCGACACUCAAAGAUCUAGAUCCCUCCGUCUCUUCCGCCAGUUCGGCCUCUUCUUCACCGUUUCACCCGAAAGACGCGCGCAUCCUACGUGACGAAUCGCGACUGGCCCCCUCAGUGCUCUUGUCCUCGCCGCCGUCAGGAGACUCGAGCCCUUCGGAUACUGGUUCGCCUUCUCAGCGACAUUCCCCGCGGAGUAUCACCCUCGAGCCCCCGCCGCUGCCAUUCCUUUCGGCCCACCGAACCGGUGAAUCCCUGAUCUCGUCACCGGACAAUAAAAGGGCUGAGAGCAGUGUCUACUAUACCACUGCCUGGGGAUCUCCGUAUGCAGCGCCGAGCACCCGCCGACUUUCUUUGACUCUGAGCCAAUACGCCGGCGCGGAUCGCGAAUCGCGUGAAAGCUCGCCAGUCAGUGUAGCCAACAACCCCGAGUUCCGGCGAUCAAGCGUUGUCAUCAACGAAGAGCUUGUUGGUAGUCAAGAGGGCAGGUCGAUUCGGGAUUUUACGCAAGAUUGGAUCAAUCAGUACCUAACCGGUCAACCACGCACCGAGCGCAGUAACUGGCUGAGCGACGACUCCGGAAGCGAGGCACCGUCGUUUUUCACUGCCCAGAAUCAGCUCGUCGACGAAUCCUCUGACGACUGGCUUGGUCUGGAAGACGAUAUCCGCGAAAGCGACCUUCUCAAAACACCGACGCUUUCCGACUUUGUGGGUCGAAGAGCUGCUGCUCGCGCAAAGCCAAAGAAAAACUUGCAUAAGCGCGCAGAAACUCUGCGCCAGGAGGAUUUUUGGGGUUUCGCAUACGAUAAGGAAUCACCCAACAACACAAUGUCAGAUACCAAGGAGUCACAGCCUCCCGCCGAGGUGACUUCUCCGGCCGAGAAGCCUCUGCCACCCCCGCCGUCAUCUAUUGAGGACGAGAAUGUUAAAAUAGAGGAUACACAAAAGCCCGAUGUACUUCAGAGGCAGGCCUCUGAUCUUAUCCAAUCGGCCACUCAGAUCCCGAGACGGAGAAAGAAGUUGGCCUGGCGUGGGAAGGCGUGUAUCAUUGAAUUUCCCAUGGAUGACAAGCGAGGAACAGAGGAAUCUGAUUUCCGUCUGUUGACCCGUGAGGAUGUUGAAGCGCGGAUGAAGAACUGGGAAAGCGAAGGCUACGAUAUUCGCGGAUUUACCAUUGGCGAGACAGAUGGUUCUUCCGAGCCCACUGAACUGGGUGGUUUAAGCCGACCUUUGUAUCCCGAUCCGUAUGAGGUCUACGAAGAAACCAAGGACCAAAAGGUUCAUAUCUCCUUCCCGGAUAAGUCUGUUUGGGACUCUUAUGUGGCAAACCUGCAAGAAGAGAAGCUGCGGGCUUUGGGUGUCUCCUUUGGUGACCCCGAGCCUCAGCACUCGCCUUCCCCUGCAUCGGCAUCAAUUAACCCAUCACAAACACCAUUCCCCGGUCUCGUGGCAUCCCCGCCGAUUCCCACUGCAUCUGCAGCAAGCAACCCACUCUCCUCAAUGCACACUUUCUCGCCGCAUUUUGGUCAGUCAGCCAGUAAUGCAAGUGGUGGAAUGGGAUCUUUGGCCUCGCCAGGUUCAUUCGGCGUUCAUACUCCAUUUAUGGGCAUUGAGCAAAACUUGAUGAAUGGAUAUCCGUUCCAGUUCCAGCCCACACCUCCUGCCCAAGGCUCCAUGACCCCACAGAGCCUGGCCAAUCUUCGCCAUGUCAAUUCGUCGGUUGGCCCCGGGGCACUCCAUAACUUCAACUCGAUGCUAUCUCCCGUUUCCCCGAUGCAUGAGCAGGGUUACCCCGAUUUCGAGAAGGCUGGCUUUGAUCCUGGCUUUGGACUUGUCGGCCAUGAUGCUCCUCCUUUCCAGACUCCCCGCACUCCGGUCAACGACCCUGGUCACUUCCAUGCGAAUGUUGAAAUCGCUCACCCAACUCCUCGUGGUCACGGCCACAACCUCAGUGAAACUCUCCAGCGAGGCGUGGAACAGAUGACACAUCCCGAGUAUCGAGGUCUGCCGGGUCAGGUUGAGCACCAUAUGGAGGAUGAUCACGAUGCUGCCCACCAUGGAAUGGACUUCGAUUCGAUCCAGAAUCGGUGGGAGAGGCAUCAGCAGGAGAAUGGUUUCUAUCAGCCGCAAAACGAUUAUCAGCAUAUGGCUCAAAACGCGCCUCGUCAUGCCUCGUUCUCUCAACAUCCUCAUCAAUUCUACGACGGUCAAUUUGGACACCAAAUGCAGAACACGCAUGAGGUUUCCGAUGUAGAUACAAACCCUAGCCUCGCUGGAACACCGCAUACCCGAAGUGCCAUGCCAAAUCAAGGACCAUGGCAUGAGUCGAAACCCAGUUCUGGCUCCUACCAGGGCCACCAGUCCAAGCUUUCUAUUUCGUCGCUUAACGUGCAGGCUAAGGAGUUUGACCCGACUGUUUCUUUCGAAUCUCAGGCUGCACAGCUCGGUGGAAACGCGUUCCAGUUCGGUGGAAUGGGCCAACAAGGCUUCGGCUUCGCCCCUGCCGCCUCGGCCUUCAACCCAUCUGCUAGUAUAAAUGCUCCGCUGGAAAAUCCUCUCAAACAGAGCACCAGCAGCUUCAAGUUUUCCUCCGCAUCUUUCAAUGUCGAUGCUCCCGUCUUCAACCCUUCUGCCAGUAUCAAGUCGAAUGCCAGUAUCAACUCGAAUGCCAGCUCUGAACAGCCGCCUGCUAACCGAGCCAAGAUCUUCGGCGACAUUGAUAUUGCUGAGAUAUCCAAGCCUACGAAGGAGAACAAGGCAAUCCCAAUCGUGCGGCCCGAUGAAAACGAGGCCAUCGAAGAUGAAAACGAGCAAACGGUCCACGAUGAUGCCAAUGGCCGACCUGUUCCCACAGAUCGCCACAAGCGCGCUCGCCGUGGGAUUGGCCACGCUGAGGGUGAGGCUCGGUACAGCAUUUCAACCCAUCCCCUGGGAGAGGCUGGCAAUGCCCAAGCGUCCAACAAUCUCCAAUCCGUCGCUGAGGGCAAGGAGAAUGCCUUGCCUGGAGAUGACAAGACUCUGGAGCGCAGAAGCACUCCUUUGAGUGAAGCUGACACUUGGACACUGUUCGAUUACCGGAACAAAUCCAAUGCCGGAUCGCCCAUUCCGGAUGAACACAGUCAUGAGAUCCAGGAGGGCUCUGCCCACAAGCCCAUGAUCGAGGAGCCUGCUAAAGAGGCUGCUCCUCAGAAUGACUCAAAACAUGCUGCUCAGGAAUCGAAGAGCUCCAUUAAGAGUACGAUGCUCUCGGCCACAGCCGCGCCAUUUGAGUUCAAGCCUGUAGUCCCUGCAUUUGUUCCAAUUACCGUGCAGCCGUCCAACUUUGCUGAGAAGCAGCUGGAGACCGAGCCGGAGCCCACCAAGAUCCAGCCUGCUGCGGAAGAGCCUCUUCAGCAGAAAUCUGCUGAAAAGAAGUCAGGUGGUCUCAUGGCCUCUCGCUUUGCUACUGAUAGCCCACCUAAGCCGCUGCCAGCUGCGUCUCAACAAAAUCGGGGGUGGAACUCAGAUUCUGGGGAUGAAACCCCAGACUCUGAAGAUAUUGAUGCUGUCAUGGACCAACUCAAUGGUGAUGGCUCUGACAUUGGCAUCGAGAGACAGUACACUCCUCUUCCGCCUCAGCACUUCUCGGAGUCUAUGGGCGGUCCUACCAAGGAGCAGCGCUUUGGCUCUGUAGAGGGUAGAAGCGAAGCUCCUAGCCCUAGCCCUGGCGGUGGUCAGAAGACCUACAAGCUUGAUAUUCCUAGACUCGAUUUCGAUGAGGUUCGCAGCCACGCCAGCCCCUCUCCCAAGAAGGGCUUCAUCUCUCCAAUGAACGCCCAGAAGGGCCUUAUCACUCGCUUCCAAUCUCCCACUCGCCGUGGCUCAUCCCCUGCUCUCUCCUUCCAGUCCCCACCCCACCAAAAUGACGAGAUUGAGGUUUGGGAUACUGAUUUCGAUCCCAACGAAGACGAGAAGUUGAUUACCAACAAGGCCUGGGCUGAGAACCGCGCUAAGGAUGUUGUCCACUCUGUUGUCUAUGAGCAGGUUGCUCCCUUGCAGCGUUCUAUGGCAUUGAUGCAAGCGACUUUGGCUUCCAUUGCCAACGAGACUACAAGCAGGAAAGGGCGCCGUAGCAUGUCUGCGGAAGUCGAAGACAGCGAUGCCGAUGACGAGGAUGACGAUGAGCGUGAGGAUAAAUCUGUUAGGGCUCGCUCGCCUCGACAAAUGCGCGAUCGUAAAUUGAUGCAGAGUGUUGUCAUGGAAGCUUUGGUAGCACUUGAUCUUCCUGGACGCUCGUCACAGCACUCCAGUCAUGGCGAGAUGGCUCAACUCAAGGAGAGUAUUGCUGAAUUGCAAGCUUUCGUUAUCAAGAAGCUUGCUCAAGAUCCUGUUGGCGAUAUGGAGGAGAUCCUACAAGAGACUUUGGCGAGGCAAUUUGCCCAACAGACGCCUCGUUUGACGGAAGCUGAGGAGAUCGGUGCCGAUAGUCUGAUGCUCCAGAUUGAAGGUCUCAAGAGCAUGUUGCGAAUGGCCGAUGAGCGUGCCGAGCAAGAAUACAAGACUCGUCGCGAUACUCAAGACUCACUGGCCGAACUUCAGCACUUGUUGAAGGCCGCCGAGGAGGAUGCUGCUCGUCACAGUGCGGCUGCGGAAGACGCCGAGGCUCGCCUCCUCCAAUUUAAGGAAGAGAAGAUUCCCCACUUGGAGAAGAUGCAGUUCCGCAGUACUUCCCUCGCCGAAGAGAGCGAGACCCUCAAGGUCACUAUUGCCGAAUUGUCCUCGAAAAACAUUGCUCUCGAGGGCACUCUGGAUGAGUACCGGGUUUCCAGCGACCACUUCCGUCGUCAAUUAGAAACCGCCAAGGACGAGAACAAGUCUCUGCAUGAGACUGUCGACCACCUGAGGACUCGUAUUGAGGACAGCAUGGUGGCCCGACAAAACCUGGGCGAGAAGUUCGAUCGCCUUCAAUCGGAUAUGGUUACACUUACAUCCGAUGUGAUUAGUGAACAGGCCUCGUGGCGCAGGAAGGAGGAGGAACAGACUGCCAAACAUAACGAACUGCUUGCCUCUCACGCCCGUGAAGUCAAGCUCCGCGAGCAACUUGAGCAGGAAGUCGCUGAACUUGCAAAGCAAGAACGCGAGGCUGCCAAGAUGAAGUUCGUCCAUGAGCAAUCCCAACAGGAGAACGCUAGGUUGGAAGAGGUCAUCGCCAACCUACGUGCCGAGAACCAUGAGCUGUCGCUCACGUCAGCUCGUUUCGAGCGGGAGUUCAAUGAAGCCCGCGAGAGCAGCCGAAUGGAGAUCCAGCGUACCCGUACUUCCAUGGAAGCCGAUUUGGAAGCGUCCAACGUUCAGGUUAACAUUGUGCGUGCUGAACUGGAGGCUCAAGUCAUUCGUCUCCAGAGCCAAUUGGAGAAUGUUCAGAUGGAUGCUGAUACUUCCCGGGAGCGCUACGAAAUGCUCCUGGAGGAAGCUAAGGAGUCCAAGAUCACUGCCGUCGCUACUGCCAAGGAGUCUCGCGAGACCGCCCUUGAGGACGAGCGCAAGACACACGAGCGGGUCCUUAAUGACCUCCGCGAGCGCCACGCUCGUGCCUUGCACAACUCUUCCGAAGAUCGCCAGCGUGCGGACGCGUACAUGGAGGAGCGCAUGGCUCUUGCAGACGACAGGGCUAAGCACUUGCAAGAGCGUGUGGAGCACCUCGAGGAGAGGCUCGAGAUUGCGCAAUCUGCUGCCCGGGCCGCUGCUGAGGCGGCCCAGAAGGGUGGUGCUUACCCCGUGCCUGCUCCCGCGCCGGCACACUCGAGCUCACCCUCUAUGUCCUUCAACAAGGGUUCCCAGGAGCCAGAGAAGAUCUCUCCACAGGCCCUGCGCGAGUCUAUCUUCGUCCUUCAAGAUCAGCUCCAGCAGCGCGAGACCCGCAUUGAGGAGCUCGAGCAAGAGGUUUCGUCCGUGGACAAGGAGGCUCCGAACAAGAUCAAGGAGAGAGACACUGAGAUCACCUGGCUACGUGAGCUUCUCGGUGUCCGCAUCGACGAUCUGCAGGAUAUCAUCAAGACCCUUUCGCAGCCUUCCUUCAACCAGCAUGCUGUUCGUGAUGCCGCUAUCCGUCUGAAGGCCAACCUGCAGAUGCAACAACAGGAACGCGAGCGUGCCGUCUCUGGCCAAAGCCUCCAGUUGCCCUCCAUCUCUGAUAUCGCCGCCUCUCCGCGCGCUCUUCCUCUCGCCGCGGCCGCAGCCUGGGGCAACUGGCGCAAGAGCAGAGAGAACUCCAAUGGUGCAGGCUCAGCAGAGCAAACCCCUUCUAAGUCCAGCAACGCCGGUACCUUCUUAUCGGGACUCCUGACUCCGCCGACCUCCAACGUCCGACCGAACGCUACACAAGCCAGCGCUUCAGGCCGCUCAUACUCCGAAGGCCGACCUUUGAGAGGAUUCAACUCGACUCCUCGACGAGGUUCCGUCCGCCAGGAAGCCCUCAUCGCCGAGCCACCCAAGACCCCUCCACUCCUCCGCCGCUCCAGCUACGACCAUGAUGCAGAGGCGACAAACUAUGAAGACAACAGCUUCGCCACGGACGACAUCGAAAGCACCGUCGACGGAAUGGUCUCUGAGUCACCCCGAGAUCUCAGCGGCCCAUUCGGCCCUCAGAUCUCCGCCGUCGCCGAAGACGAAGAGUGA